AUGGAUAUCUUUCUUGAUUAUUGCCGUAAAGAUGUGGUUAUUAGUAAAGAAGCAGCUAGUGAAUUGUUACUUACAAAGCACGUGGAUUUCAUCCACCACUGUGUCGAAAACAAAGAAUCUUAUGAAAAUGUCACUACAGAAUAUCUUCGAAUGAGCGGUAUCUAUUGGUGCUUGCAAGCAAUGGAUAUAAUGAAUCGAUUGACUAAAAUGGACACUAAUGAGAUUGCGAAUUAUGUGAAACGAUGUCAGCAACCAAAUGGUGGCUUUGCGCCUGCUGAAGAACACGAUGCCCACUUACUGCAUACAUUAAGUGCUGUGCAAAUAAUGGUAAUGUUGGGUAAGUUGGACGAAAUUGAUACAGAUGCGGUAUCCUGCUAUGUUGCAUCAUUACAAAAUGAAGAUGGAAGCUUUGGUGGCGAUGAAUACAAUGAGAUUGAUACUCGCUUUUCGUUCUGUGCACUGGCUACACUUCAUCUAAUUGGGAAGUUGGAGAACUCAAUAAAUGUUGGAAAAGCUGUUGAUUAUAUUCUUAAUUGUUACAAUUUCGAUGGUGGAUUUGGAACCAGACCUGGUUCAGAAAGCCAUGCCGGACAGGUAUAUUGUUGUUUGGGAAGCUUGGCGAUAGCAGAUUGCUUAGAAAUGAUCGAUACUCAGCGAACAGCUCGGUGGCUGGCCGAGAGACAAUGUCGAUCAGGUGGCCUGAAUGGUAGACCAGAGAAAUUACCUGAUGUUUGUUAUUCGUGGUGGGUACUUGCAUCACUGAAAAUACUUGGACGAUUACACUGGAUUGAUAAUAAAUCAAUGAUAAAAUUCAUAUUAGCUUGUCAGGACAACGAUGGCGGUUUCGCUGAUAGACCGGGAGAUGUGACUGAUCCUUUCCAUACAGUUUUUGGUCUAGCAGGAUUGAGCUUACUUGGUGCUUACAGUAAAUCAUUGGCAGCAGUCGACCCUGUAUUUUGCAUGGGGAAAAAAUGCCUUGGUGAUUUAUCUAUCUGUUAA